AUCGUGUGUCCAUUUGCACAUGCAUGCAAUGAUGACAUGCACAUGCAUAGCUUAAUUAGCUCCAUGCAUCCAUUGCCGCGCCGAUCCCCUAUAUAAACCACUCCAUAUGCCUCACCACUCACUCAUCCACCACAGCUUAGCAUUAACCACCAGUGCCUUACACACUCUCGAUCAACAAACUCUAGCCGAUCAGUUGCAUAGCAAGCAAUGGGGUGCUCUAAAACCCUAGUAGCUGGUCUCUUGGCCAUGCUCUUCCUAGCUCCGACCAUCCUAGCCACCGACCCUGAUCCUCUCCAGGACUUCUGCGUCGCCGACCUCGACGGCAAGGCAAUCUCGGUGAACGGGCACACAUGCAAGCCCAUGUCGGAGGCCGGCGACGACUUCCUCUUCUCAUCCAAGCUGGCCAAGGCUGGCAACACGUCCACUCCUAACGGCUCGGCCGUGACGGAGCUCGAUGUGGCAGAGUGGCCCGGCACAAACACGCUGGGCGUGUCCAUGAACCGCGUGGACUUUGCGCCCGGAGGCACCAACCCGCCACACAUCCACCCGCGUGCCACCGAGAUCGGCAUCGUGAUGAAAGGUGAGCUCCUCGUGGGAAUCCUCAGCAGCCUUGACUCUGGGAACAAGCUCUACUCCAGGGUGGUGCGCGCCGGAGAGACGUUCCUCAUCCCGCGGGGCCUCAUGCACUUCCAGUUCAAUGUCGGGAAGACCGAGGCCUCCAUGGUCGUCUCCUUCAACAGCCAGAACCCCGGCAUCGUCUUCGUGCCACUCACGCUCUUCGGCUCCAACCCACCCAUCCCGACACCGGUGCUCACCAAGGCGCUCCGGGUAGAGGCCGGGGUCGUGGAACUUCUCAAGUCCAAGUUUGCCGCUGGGUUUUAAUUCCUGGGAGACUGCCCAUGAAUGAUCAUAUAUCAUUCCGUAUAUGCAUGCUAGCGAAAUUUAAUAAUUCUCAGCAGAAGAUAUCUAUUCAAGCUUCUGGUUAAGCUCGCAUGCAGUUGUAAUAAGAUUGAAUAAGUUGGCCUCGUGGUUCAGUCAUCAGAGCCAAUACGAGGAAUUGAAAUGUACUACUUUUUAUUGUCUUCAUUGUUCUUUCAUUGUACGGAAUACAUAAUUAUCAUUUCCGCA